CAAUAGUUUUUUGUAAAUAAAAACUUCACCGUUCACACAAAGAUUCAGAGAAGAAGAAGUUUAAAAAUCUGUGGAGGAUUUAAAUCUCGGAAGUGUGCAAGCUGGGUUUGAUUCUGGAAGGUGCAGCCAUGGCGGAGGAGUUUCCGAGCAGUGGAAACUGGUGGGACGCUUCUAGAAGCCGCUACGACGCCGGAAUAUCCCCCUCCUCCUCCUCCGUCACCACCUUCCCCUGGCCGCCGCCCGACAUCGCCGACGUCAAGCCCAGAUCCUCCAUCCACGACUCCGACUCCGACUCCGCCUCCGCCGAUCCCAAUUUGCAUUUCAUGGGCUUGGGCCUCGCCUCUCCGCCCAUCGAUUGGAACCACCCCUUGCUUCGCGGCGGAGAGAAGGCGGCAGAGAGUAGUUUCCGGUCGAUGCUGCAGCAGGAGAAUAUGCAAGAAACCGGACAGCAGCAGCAGCAGAUUCAAUGGAUGAGAUCGGAGAAGCUGUUUUCCGGCGAGACUCCGGCGAGCGAAUUCAAGGCAAUAAACCGGGGGUUUUCGCUGGACCAUCAUCAGGCGCAGCCGCAGCAGUUCAGUCCUCCUCAGUACAGCUCCGGCGACAGCGCCGUCACGAGUUUCCCAAUGGACACGGCGGCGAAUUUAUACGGAAGCUCGGCAACAUUAUUACAAGGCUUAUUAGGAGGUGGCGACCAGCAACAAACUUCGCCGCCGGCGCCCGCCUUGAAUUUCCCUUACAGUGCCCAUUUCGCGAUGAACUCCGGCGAGUUAAUGCCGCCGUGGUCCGCCUCUAAAGUCCCCCCGUUUCUGAGAAACUCCCCGCCGAAAGCGGCUGCUCCGGCGCCGCCACACAGCAGCCACUUACACUUCUCCAACAACACGCCCUUCUGGAACGCCUCCGACAUCAAAGACGUGAGACCCAGCUUUUUCCCCUCCUACAACCCCGCUCCCGCGUAUCCGGAUAAAUCGAAGCAGAAUAUAUCGGAGGUUCGUGAUUCGGGAACAGUAGGGAAAAAAAGUGGGAAUGAUCACAAUCAACAAACGGGCGCAGCUGCUAAAAGGCCCCGAAAUGAAACUCCGUCGCCGUUGCCAGCUUUUAAAGUGAGGAAAGAGAAGAUGGGGGACAGAAUCACUGCGCUCCAACAACUCGUUUCACCUUUCGGAAAGACUGAUACAGCUUCAGUGCUGUCUGAAGCAAUUGAAUACAUAAAGUUCCUCCAUGAACAAGUCAGUGUUUUGAGCACUCCGUAUUUGAAGAGUGGAACUGCAGUACAGCAACAACAUCAGCAGCAGCAGAGCAGCGAGAAAUCAAAGGAAGGAGAAGGAGGAAAGCAAGAUCUAAGAAGCCGAGGGCUGUGCUUAGUUCCAGUUUCAAGUACAUUUCCAGUCACUCAUGAAACCACCGUUGAUUUUUGGACUCCAACCUUCGGAGGAACCUUCAGAUAAAAAAAAACCAAUCCAAAUUUCCAACCCCAACCUUAAUUUCUUGAUCUUACUCACAAAUAUAAUACUAUCAAUAUCACAUCGUCCAUCAUAUCCAAAUCAUAUAAUAUAUAGUUUAUAUACUAUAUAGUAAUUAGUUAAAUUACAGAUAUUGUUCUGUGCAACCAGUACAUAUCUUAUCAAAACCCUAGAAAGUUUGGGAGAUGAUAAGAUAUCAGUGUACUGGUUUCCCUCAAGAACUCAAAAUAUUUUAGGUCACAUUAUUCCCAAAACAACCCCACUCUCACCCUCCAAAGCUGAACUCAUGAUGCAGAUUUAGGGCCAUUCUUGGGACCAUUUAAUUUUUCUUUUUCUUUUUUUUUUCUUUUUUGUACUCAAUUCAAAGUAAUCAUAAUUUAGAAAAGAAAAGAAAAAAAAAGAGCUAGCUACUAACAUGAUCUCUAGUUUGUUUGGGAGUUGUUCUUUAUAUUUGUUUUCUGUUUUUUGGAAUAUAAAUUCAGUGAAAACAUGUUUGAUUAAUUUUUUUUUA